AUGCGUUCUUCUUUUCAGGAAGAAUUCACCACAGUCAUGAAUUUUCAUCUGAAAAACAAUGGUAUGCAUCAUCCUGUGACGAAGUAUUUCACACAAGCCGCCGAUAUGACUUCUGGACGUCAUAAGUAACCCAGCAGCGAAGUAACUAAUCGAUGCCUUUCUCGCAACCGUUUAUUUUAUUAUGGCUGGGGGAGCUAUGCCUAUUCUACAUCUGCAAUGCUCAAAUGGCGUGGACUUCAAUUUAUGUUGAUGGAAAUAGUCAGAUUGAUCUAUGGACGCAAGAGUCAAAGGGUUGUCCUUGUCCAUGGAACGUGAAUAGUAAUCAAUGCGCUUGUUGUGUUCAAGACGGUGGUUGUCACUGUGGAAAGGAAUCACCUAAUCGAUGUACGCAGUGUGGACUUGAGAAACACUGCAGUUUCAUGUGCAAUAUAUCAAUUUCCUCCACGGACCUCUAUAAACAUUCGGGAAAGUCAUUUGGUCAAAUUAAAUCACCAUCGUUAGAAGGUCCAAACCAUUGUUGGUACACCUUAGUUCCAACGUCAAGCGAAAGGGUAGAAAUUCAAAUUUACAGACUUGUAGAUGUUGGAAGAUUUAAUGGGAGUAGUUGCGUAGGUGGAUAUCUGCAACUGAUGAAUGGGGUUGACCCACUGUAUAGUUCCACUGAUAAUAUCGUAUGUGGAGUGAAUGAAAGGUUUUCGCCACCUGUUGUGCUCUUUUCCGAUGAUGGAGUAGCCUCACUUUUAUUUCAAGUCACCGAAAAAACCCGUCGAUCUCAAUUUUUAGCGUAUUUCAGCUUUACGUCCAUCAAUAACACUGAAGGUGUGGGCUAUCAGCCCAAGGGCGGCAUGAAACUUCAGAAUACAGACUGCGAUUGGCUGUAUCAAGAUUUCUCCUGCGCGAAGUUGGGGAGUUGCGUCAUAGCGAGCCCCAAUUAUCCCGGGUUGUACCCUCCCAAUCGCCAGUGUAAAUACCAUAUUACGACAAGUAGUGAUAGAAUGAGAGUUAGAAUUACGUUCAAUGCUCUUCUCCUUCCUCCAAAUCAUUGUAGCACUGAUUUUGUAGCCGUAUAUCACGGCUCAACCAGAAGUAGCCCGCACCUAUUGACCUUAUGUGCCAACCAAAGAAAAAGCGUAGAUUAUCCAGGACCAAAGUUACUUCUCGAAUUCAGUUCUGGUCCCCAGGUUCCGCCCUACAAUCACAACGGGUUCGUUGCCAGUCUAGAAUUUUACGAAAAAGUUUCUACCACAGAGGCGUCUUUGCCACAGUUUUCGCACACCAUGGAGCAAAUCACCAACUACGUAUUCAAUUCAACGCCCUCUUCGCACCAAUUCAAAUGCGAAAUUGUGAUUUCCGGAAACAAUACCAGAUCUGGUCACUUCGAUACACGCGAAUACGAAUGGCUACCAACUUGUCGCUUGAUAUUCAAAGGGCGUUCAACGGAUGUAAUACAUAUCUCACUUUUUAACUACCGUUUGAGAUCACCGUUAUGCCGUUCUGUUAUUGAAAUAUUUGACGGUUUCAUGGAAGACACCAAAGGCCCCAUUGAUAAACUUUGCAGUCCAUUACUUAGGCAAGUACAUGACUCUGACGGUAGCAGUCUCCAUGUAAAAAAAUACUUAUCAACGAAAAACGUUAUGGUGAUCUUACUUCGAAGACCAACCGCGCCCUUAUCAACGAAUGAUGCCGAAUUCAUUUCCGGCUCGUUUUUCUUUCACGAUGAACAAAUUAGCGGUACUAUGCAACCGACUGGUUUAUGUGAUGUGAAAUACAACGGAAUGUAUAGCCCACUCGCUGGUUUAUUAGAUAAUCCUGGUUUGCAGCAAUUGUACUGGAACAUUGACGGUCCUUUGAAAUGUACCCAGCAAUUUCUGCCAGCCGAUAACCAAAGUAUCGUUCUAAAAAUUUUGGGUUUAGAACACAUGGCACAAAAUCCUACGUGUGUAACGCAAUGUGGCGAUAAUGGUUGUAGAUGUGUUUCCAAGGCUGCUCUGCAAAAUAUUGAUCAUUUUAUGAUUGUUAACGAAGAGGGCUGGACGGUCGCCUGUUUAUGUGGAGCAUUUCAGCAGGAAUGGUUCCCUGUUAGUGUGCGUUCGUGGAAUCUUCUCACAGUUGUUUAUUCAGUUGCGCAUUACGUAUGGAGCAACAAAGGAUUUGAAUUUUCAGCUUCAUACUCAUUCAAUACCGACACGAUUUGCAGCGAUCAAAUAUACACUCUGCAUUCAGGCGAAAUUGCUUUAAAGAAUCUAACUUCUCCCGACAACUUAAACCAUUUCUACUACCAAACGUGCACGUGGACUCUACAUUCCAAUGUUGAAAGGCAACUAGAGUUGGAUAUUUCUUCUAAGCAAAACCGUCCUUGUACUGCCUGGAAUAUUAGUAUCCACGAAUACGCGGCAAGCGCCAAAGAUCGUCAUUUAGGAGAGCUUUUGCACACGUUCUGCUCUAGAGAUACUCACAAACAGUAUUUAUUACCAUGGAAGCUAAACACAAUUAUUAUCAGGUUACGAACCUUGAGCAGAACACUUCCCCAAUUUAGGAUCAAAUGGAAAUCGCAAGUGAUUCGACCAAAUACAAGAUUUGGCACACCUACUGCAUCCCCAAACGCGGUAUCAUCGAUGAGCUGCGCAACUGCAAACAGUAUUGCUCUUCUUGUCACUGUUCUUGGGUUGUGCUCCAUGAACUCAAUGCCUCCUUCGUGAACUGCAACGACAAAUGCAACACUGUUCAUGCACAUCCACGACGAAUGAAUUGUCUGGUCUCGUCAAAAGAAUUAUUUAGAAUAACGAUUGAUAUACCUACUAUAUUUUUAUGAACAUCUGCUCAAUUGAACAAUUCUCGAGUACAAAAUUUUUCAUAUGGACUAUUAUGAAAAAUUUUGAUGGGUAGAAACCUUAGGCCUUCAAAUAGUUGCAGUGAAUUGCACUCAAACCUAAAAGUCUGUAGAAAUUGUCGAUUGUUACUUUGAUACCUCAGUUUACGUAGAUAACAAUUAGAUAGCUUGCAUUUUUGUUAGAAAGUCUUUUGACACGCUGUUGUUACAUUGCUCAUUAAGCAAUAAAAAAAUGUUUUGUUCCAAAUGCUGAUCGUUACGUUACUCUAUUGUAAUCAUUUAGCAGCUUACCUAUGUAAUUAUCUGUGAUAACAGUAAGGUAAACUAAUUUAAAUUGGUUAGCGAAUUGCUGAUAAGUAAGUAGUCAAACGGAAGUUGAAAAUUGAACAAAUUUAUCCUAUUGCAAAAUUAGUAAGAGACCUGCGUUCAGACAUAAGAAAUAUCUUACACUGAUCUUUGUAUAGUAUUUGGACCAAAUUUACAUAAAAUGUUUAGGUGUAUUCCCAUUGCCAAUCUACAAUGCUAUUGUUGUUCCCCAAGCACAAAACACUCGACAACCUGAACGCAGACAUACUUCCUGAUCCAAACGCACUCGUACCUUUGUUUCUAAAUGUAUCAUUUUAUGAAUGUUAUGCGUUGUAUAACACAAUUAUAGGUAUUUACAAUUACUAUUUGCAAUUUGGCAUUCAAUUUUUGUUAAAUUUUGAAGGGGGCGUAGAUGUCUAAAUUGACACCUUUAUUGUAGUUUAAACAUUUUCAAUUGCGUUAGGUUCUUAGAUAAUGUUUAUAAAUAAAUUUAUUAAUCGAU